AUGUUUUGUUCUAGGCCAGGUGCCAUUAUCGGCCCUCACUCAUGGGUUUCAGGGGCGGGGGUAGUCAGAAACUACCCGUUUCUCGCAACCUGCUUAGGCAAGCGGCAAUCCGGGCCGGCCUCCUUUGUUUGUUCUGGAUUGGGACUGGCGGCAUCGGAGUUUGAAGUGUUACAUCUAUUGCAACCACCGUCAUCGUCGUGGCCUUGGAGGAUGAACAACCUCUUGAGGACUCUCACAGAGAGCCAGGUCAAGCCAGCGGCCGACCUCCGUCUGCUGCUGACAUCCGUGAAGGAGGCUCGGCGUCAGAGCUAUGACACCAAGCUCGCGGACCCGUUCUACGACUCGUUGGAGGGCCUCCUGGUCGAUCUGAAGACCAUCACGAUCGACAAUCGGGAUGCGGAGGCGUUUCUCAAACCUGUGUCGAGGGCGGAAGUGCCGGACUACUAUGAUGUCAUCUCAAACCCUAUGGACUUUCAGACUAUGCUCAAGAAAAUCAAGCAGAAACAGUACAAGUCGAAGCGCGAAUUCAAGGACGACCUCGACCUCAUCUGGUCGAAUUGCUACACAUACAACGCCUCCGAGAAUCAUCCCCUCCGACAGUGUGCCAACAGGUUGAGGGUCAAAGCUGAGAGGCUAUUGAUGCAUAUCACCGAUCGCAAGGAGAGGUGGGACCCAGCCAUACCAUCCGACCUGCCUUCUCCUACCGGCGUUGCUCGAGUGAAGAUAAAUGGCACCAACGGCCACAUGAACGGCCGUUCAUCGCACACCCGCUCUCCCUCUCUCCCCCAACCCUCUACACCUACCUCUGCAUUGGCUAAGCAUUCGUAUACCGUUGGUAGCCGCCUUCGACAUGGGACAUCCUUCCAAGACUCACCUGCUAUCGUCCGAACUCCUGAAGGAAUGGCCACUUUCCGUGACCUUGACGCCCAGACUGGUUCCUUUCAGCCGUCGAACACCCUUGCCAGCACUCUGCGAGACAUGGCAAUCACAGUGGAGUACGAGAGCGAUUCAGAGACGCCGGUAGAUGAUUCUAUGGCGGUCGACGGGCAGGCAGCGGGGGACAAGCGCAAGUCAAACGGCGCCAACCACCGCCCACGAAAGCGCGCUCGCUACACCGUACCCUAUGCCACACCCAUCCCGGACGAGCGGAACGACGUCUCGCAGUUAUGGUGGGGCGCCGUGCAGUCUGACGCCCUACUCGCCAACGGCCUUCCUGGUAUCCCAUUCGGCCCCUCUUGCAGCACCUCGCACAAGCGGAAGGCCAAACGCACCAAGCCGCCCAAGCGAGUGAAGGAGGAGCCGCCAUCGAACCCAAAGUCUCUCCUGGUGAUGAUGAACGCGAACAUCAAGACGAUGCGGAGGGUACGGCACACGCAUGCGAAGUUCGCAGCGAUGAAUGCCGCGACUGCGCCGCCAGAGGAGGACGAGAAUGGCGAGACGCCUGCGCCUGGGUACGGUACAGGAAUGGUGGUGGGGCAGGCCCGGGUACGAGUCGAUUACCACCGCCAACGCAACAGGGGAUGGGCUUCGGUGUGGGACUGGGACUGGACGACGACGUCGUGGAUGACAGGAUCGACGAAGCCCCGUGGUCAUUAG